UGUAGUGCUAUCAUUGAACACACCAACAGAGUAAUUUUCCUAGAAGAUGAUGACAUUGCAGCAGUGGCUGAUGGGAAACUUUCUAUUCAUCGGCUAAAACGUUCAGCUAGUGAUGACCCCUCUCGAGCCAUCCAGACCUUGCAGAUGGAAUUGCAGCAAAUCAUGAAAGGUAACUUCAGUGCAUUCAUGCAGAAGGAAAUCUUUGAACAACCGGAAUCUGUUGUCAAUACCAUGAGAGGCAGGGUGAAUUUUGAGACCAAAACAGUUCUGUUGGGUGGUCUGAAAGAUCACUUGAAAGAAAUCAGAAGAUGCCGACGACUGAUCAUUAUUGGCUGUGGGACCAGCUAUCAUGCUGCAAUAGCUACCCGACAAGUGUUGGAAGAGUUGACAGAGCUUCCUGUGAUGGUGGAACUUGCUAGUGACUUUCUGGAUAGAAAUACUCCUGUAUUCAGGGAUGAUGUGUGCUUUUUUAUAAGUCAGUCAGGUGAGUUGCCUUGACUGUUCAUCCCUAUCUGAAUGGAGGCAUGUAGCAAAGUAU